AAUUAAAUUUACCGACAAGGGUAAAAUUGUAGUGACAAUUUCAAUGCAAUUACAAGAUAUCAUUAAUGAGGACAAAGAUAAACAGGCUUACGGUCAAAGCAUUAAAAAAGGAAAUUUGUUGGUUGAAUUAUAUGACACUGGCAUUGGCAUAGAUCCAGAAUAUAUAAAACAUGCAUGGCAAAGCUACUCACAAAGCGACAUGUCAAUGACUAAGGCGCAAGAUGGUACAAGACUUGAUCUUUCAAUUUGUGAAAGUUUAAUUAAAAUUAAUGGAGGUGAAAUUAAAGUAGAAAGUCAAUUAGGAAAAGGAAGUAAAUUUUGGUUUACAUGGAAUGUUGAAUUAAUAUCAAUAGCUUCUUCAUCAUUAAAUACUACUCAUUUUAAUCAAAUAAGUCAUGCGUUACCUCAUUUUAUGAAACAAAAACGGAUAUUAAUCAUUCAUCCACUUAAAGAUGCAAGAAAUGCAUUAUUGAAUUAUCUUAAAGUAAUUGAAAAAAUUGAUGCAUUUGAUACCUUUGAUGAAG